AUGGUCCAAUGUGACUGCUGCGAUUUAUGGGUCCAUUUCCAUUGUGCUGGAGUAACGGAAGCUGUUAAAAAUGUUCCCUGGAAUUGCUCGAAGUGCAGCAAUCAGUUGCAAGUGCCACCUCGAUCUGACAAGAAGGCGCCCAGCAAGAAGGGGUCUUCGAAGAAGACGGGCUCAAAGAGCGAUGCAGGAUCGGAAACUAGCAGAGCUGCUAGUCUGGAGCUAUCUAUCCAACAAUUGGAAUUGGAUCAGGAAAAUUUAGAGAAGGAGCUAGAGGAGCAAAAGCUCGUCCAUCAGAAGCGACUCGAUAUGGAGCGUAAAAUUUCGGAAAAACGAAGGGCUCAGCAAAAAGAAAUGUUGGCCAAGGAAAAGGAACUAAUGCAACAACGAUUAAACGACGAGCUCGAAUUUUUGGAACAACAAAAGGUGUUACGUGUAAAUUUCCAACGAUACCAUGACAAGCUUUAUCGUCAAUUCGAAGGCAGUCACGUAAACGACGCCAGCAAACGUGAAAACACCUUUGACAAAGUGAAUACGUGGAUGAAUUCUGUGCAGCAGGAUCCUCGAGGGGCCUACCCGAAAGGUUGUGUCUGGUCCAAAGGCACAUCGGAUACACCUGUGCCCAAUCUAUUCCAUCAGAACUUGUUAAAUUCUAAAGCAGGUAAUCCUGGAACAGAUGCGGUUGCAAGCAAGCAACAGAUGCGGUUGCAAGACGAAUCGGGGGGGAACCCGGUUGUCCCACCAAGUAAAUUCAUCCGUGAUACGAUAAGACCUGCAUGGCAGCAGUCGUUGCAUGAGAACGACGACGAAAUUGAGAAAGAACGGGAGGAAGUGGAAGAAGAUUCGGAACAGCUGCCGGAUCUGACCGAACAAGAAAAGGAAAUUAUUCGAAACAUUGUAAACCGUCGAAGGUCGCAGAGAACUGAGUUUCAACAACCAUUCUCGACCAGAGGACCUACCUCCGAACAGCUUGCCGCACGACAUGCGGUAUCGAAACAUUUGCCUAUUUUUAAGGGAGAGCCAGAAGUGUGGCCACUUUUUAUAAGCAGUUAUGAAUACACUACAGAUGCAUGUGGGUUCACCAACACAGAUAAUUUAAAGCGACUGCAAGAUAGUCUUCAAGGAUUGGCAAAGGAAGCCGUUCAAAGUCGAUUAUUGUUACCGGAAUCGGUUCCCGAAGUUAUAGAAGACCUUCGCCAACUGUUUGGCAGUCCGGAGAAAUUAUUGAAAUCACUUGUAGCUAAAGUUCGAAAAGCGCCGGGGCCGCGCAUUGAUAAACUCGAAAGUUUUCUUUAUUUCGGAAUAACCGUUAAACAACUUUGCGAUCAUCUCGAAGCUGCUAAGCUACACGACCACUUGAACAAUCCGAUGCUCGUCCAGGAGCUAGUCAGUAAGCUGCCACCUGAGUAUAAGCUGGAUUGGGUGCGCUUCAAGCGCGGUAAAGCUGGAACUCCGCUCAGGGUGUUCACCGAUUUCACUAACGGGAUCGUCUCGGAAGUUUCCGAGGUGGCCGAAUUCAGCGGUCUUGAAGUCACUCGCCAGUGGGAUGUAAAAGGAGCUAAAAGUAAAAAGAAGGAGUUUGUAUACGCUCAUGCCGCACAUAAUAGUCCGUCGAACACGACCAAUUUGGCUGGUACCAAGGAAAAAAAGGUUUGCCCGGCGUGUAAGAGAAAGGAUCACAAGUUGCGAUUCUGCGAUGAUUUCGAAAAAAUGGGACUACAAGAUCGUCUAAGGUUGGUAGAGAAGUUCAAGCUUUGCGUACUAUGUUUAAGCGAACACGGUCAUUCGCGCUGCACGUUCAAUGUUCAAUGCAAGAUAGAUCACUGUAAGGGCAAGCAUCAUCCCUUGCUUCAUCGUACUGAAGAACUCGUCCAGGUAACAUUGCAUUAUGGUGAGUCGUCUGUAAAUUUGAAUGCCUUCAUAGAUGAAGGCGCAUCCGCCACGUUGCUGAAUAACACAAUUGCGGUUAAAUUAUCAGCUGAUGGGGUAUCCGAGCCAUUGGUAGUUCAUUGGACUUCUAACGUAAAGCGCCACGAGGAUCAAUCUAAAAGGUUGGACCUUUUUGUAUCUGCGAGAGGGUCCGAUACCAUGCACAAAUUAAAGGGUGUUCGUACCGUGAAAGAAUUGAUGCUGCCUAAACAGGGUAUCAAUCUUCAGGAUCUUACAGAUCGUUUUGAGCACCUGCGGGGGUUCCCGGUAAAUGAAUACGAUACAGUGGCACCGCAAUUACUAAUUGGACUGGAUAACCUGCAUUUAUUCGCGCCAUUGGAAUCUCGAGUAGGUGGAUCUGGAGAGCCAAUAGCAGUACGUUCAUUGUUAGGUUGGACCAUAUAUGGUCCCGAUAAGUCGGCGUCUUCAACGAAAACAGUUAUUAAUCAUCACUCCAUUCUGACUGUAACCAAUCAACAAUUACACGAGAUGCUCGGAAAACAAUACGCCAUCGAAGAUUUGUCUACGUCGUCAAUCGAUUUUCCUGAGUCCGAAGAAGAUAAACUGGCUCGCGACAUUUUGGAGAAAACGACUAUUCGAGUGGGAGGUCGUUUUGAGACGGGACUACUUUGGAAAAAUGGUGUUCCCGACUUCCCAGACAGCUACCCAAUGGCGGAACGUCGGUUAAAAGCUUUGGAAAAGCGGCUCUCCAAGAAUCCGGAGCUUCAGCAAAAUGUAUUUCAACAAAUCGUGGAGUACCAAAGGAAAGGGUAUUGUCACAAAGCAACGCAAGCAGAGUUAGACGACACUGAGGAUUUCAAAAAAUGGUAUUUACCACUGAACGUCGUCCAACAUCCUAAGAAGCCGGGUAAAGUCCGUUUAGUGUGGGACGCAGCCGCAACCGUAAAUGGAGUAUCGCUGAACAGUAACUUGCUGAAAGGUCCUGACUUACUCACCGCCUUACCAUCAGUGAUCUGCAAAUUCAGAGAAAAACCGGUGGCCUUCGGUGGUGAUGUGCGCGAAAUGUAUCACCAAUUGCGCAUCAGAGAAGCAGACAAACAAACUCAACGUUUUUUAUUCCGUUUUGAUCCCAGAAGCCCGCCCGAAAUCUAUGUUAUGGACGUAGCAACAUUUGGGUCUGCAAGUUCACCGUGCUCUGCACAAUUUGUGAAAAAUUUGAAUGCCAAGGAAUAUGCCACCCAGUUUCCCGAAGCAGCGAAAGCGAUCGUCGAACGACAUUACGUCGACGACUACUACGACAGUGUCGACUCGGAGGAAGUUGCAGUACGGCGAGCCAAGGAAGUACGCUUCAUUCACUUGAAGGCCGGAUUUGAAAUUAGAAACUGGGCCUCAAAUUCUGAAAAUGUCUUGCGAGAAUUAGGUGAGUCAAAACAUGAAACAACAAUCCAUUUUCAGCAGGACAAGAUAACUGAAAAGGAACGCGUAUUAGGUCUCAUUUGGGAUACGAAACUCGAUGUGUUUUCGUUCUGUAUUCCGACUAAAGAAGACGUAUUUGCUUUCGAUAAUCGUCCUACAAAACGUCAAGUUCUCAGUACCGUAAUGUCUCUCUUUGACCCGUUGGGUCUGCUGGCUCCACUCACCGUAUUGGGCAAGAUGUUAAUCCAGGAUUUAUGGAGAACCGGAUGUGAUUGGGAUGAACUAAUUUGCGAGGACACAUUCUCUGAAUGGAAGCGUUGGAUUGAAUUACUGCGCGAUGUGGAACUGGUCAAAAUUCCCAGACCGUACUUUGGUAGCACCCUCUCGACUGAGUAUCACGGGGUUCAACUUCACGUCUUCUGCGAUGCUGGUGAAAAGGCAUUCGGUUGUGCAGGCUAUUUUCGAAUUGUCGUUGGCGGGCGAGCUAUAUGUUCUUUAGUUAUGGCUCGUACGAAAGUUUCCCCUUUGAAGCAGCUUACAAUCCCGCGCUUGGAACUGCAAGCAGCGGUACUAGCGGCCAAACUAGCUAAAGCAAUCCGGCAAUAUCACUCUUUGAAAGUAGAAAAGGUUUUCUUUUGGACCGAUUCUCAAACCGUUCUCUCGUGGAUCAGAUCCGACCAAAGAAAAUACAAGCAGUUCGUGGGAUUUCGCAUCGGUUCCAUAUUAAGUUUAACGAACGUGACGGAUUGGCGUUGGACACCGUCGAAAUUGAACGUUGCCGACCACCUAACGAAGUGGGACAACAUGCCGAGCAUGCUGCCUGAUGGUCAGUGGUUUCGAGGACUAGACUUUUUAUAUGAAGCAGAGCAACAGUGGCCAAAACAGGUACAACCACAACCAAACACGACGACAGAAAUGCGGGCGAUCUUUCUUCUGCACGACAUAGUACUGAUUGAACCCUUCAUAGAUGCCAACCGAAUUUCAAAAUGGAACGUGCUAGUUCGGACGGUGGCUUGUCUAUACCGUUUCAUCUCGAAUUGCCGACGGAAACAUCGUGGCCAACCUAUCGAGGCCUUUACGUGUACGUAA